AUGACACUGACACCAGACAUGGAGUGCAAAGGAAUGCACAACUUCAACCUGCUCACCAGCAUAGAGGAAUCAACUGGAUACUAUCCAUGGACACCUAAUGAAUCUCCAAGCCCUCCGGGCAGUGGUGCUGAUGACUUCCUAGACACUCUUCUGCAUGACUCCUCGGUGCCAGCCUCCCCCCUGUGGUCUCCAUGCACCACAGACAAUGGUGUUAACGAGGACCCCCUGGUAGAACUUACAGAAAGCCCCCAUCCAAUCUCCUGCACACUGUUCCCUACCCUUGACACACAGGUUUUUCCUCAGCCCACCAACCUGGAGAAUCUACCUGCUGCAAAAGAGAAGGUGCCUGAUUUGUCAAUGGAUUUCGGCUGGGAGUCAGAGGGCAGUCAUGAAGAGUUUGGUAUUACAUAUUACCUUUCCGACAGCCAAGCCCCACUGCUGCAAUCAACCUGCACGCUCACAGUAAAAGACCUGCUUUUAUCCAACCUGGGACAGAACGCGCAGCGAAUCGCUCAGCAUUCCUUGCAGGAGCUUGUGCUUAAUGAGGAUGAGAAGAAGCUUCUAGUUAAAGAGGGCAUAAAUUUGCCCUGCAAACUACCCCUAUCCAAGUUUGAGGAGAGGAUUUUGAAGAAGAUCCGGCGGAAAAUCCGCAACAAACGUUCGGCUCAAGAAAGCAGAAAAAAGAAGAGAGAAUAUGUUGACAGUCUGGAAGGGAGGAUGGCUGCGUGUAGUUCCCAAAACAUCGAACUUCAGAGAAAAAUCCAGAAGUUGGAAGAGACAAAUAAUGCACUGCUGGAGCAGCUAAGCCAGCUACAGGCUCUCUUGCCUAAUAGCUCCUGCAAAACAACAAAUAGAGGAACCUGCAUCCUGGUUUUGCUCCUCUCCUUCUCUCUGCUCCUUUCCCCAAACAUUCUGCCAGACCCUUACAGCCAAUGCAGCCAUGCAGAACAUACAGAAAACACAGUGUCGUCGCCCUCCCUGCAGUCGAGGGAUGUGGGAGAUGUCCAUUCUCAACCUCUUCCACUUCCCUCCGUCUCCUGGGGCUUAGAGGACCUGCGAAGCCUGAAGAUGAAGCUUUGGUCCUGGAUGGACCUCCCACCAGUACACCUCCAGUCUCCUCAUCAACAGGGACACAAGACCGGAGAUGAUUACGGCUCUCGGCGGAGCAGAAACAUGUAG